AUGCAAGAAUCGUCCGAUUCCAGCGCGCCCGAAGACCCUCCUCCAUCCCAGUCCUCACAGCCGUCGCAGCUCUCGCAGCCCUCGCAGCCCUCAUCCGGCACCAACCACAAGAUCGCCAUCCCGAGGCUCGCCCCCAGCGCCGUCAAGACCGACCAGCAACGCACCGCGCGCGCCUGCGUGGCCUGCCGCACGCGCAAGACCAAGUGCGAUGGGCACAGGCCCGUGUGCCGCCAGUGUCAUCGACUGAACUUCACGUGCAGCUACGCCGGGUCGAAGCGCGAGCGGCAGCAGUUGGAGCUCGAGUCGGCGCGCACGCGGAUCGCCUCGUAUGAGUCGCUGCUGCGCGACGUGCUGGCCGAGAGCAGCCGGCAGCGCAUCGCCUCCUUCGAGACCAUCUUCGACCAGCACUUCGAAAGCGCCCCCGAUGCCUUCGCCACCCUGCAGGCCGCGCGGUCCCUCCCCGACCAGCACGUCUCGUCGCCGCAGCCGGGCAUCUCGCUGCAUCGCAUGCACGUCACGCUGGCGGGCAACCCGCGCAACAACACCCCCCACACCCUGAGCGACGCCCCCCUCGUCACCGUCACCAACAUCCAGUUCUGGACCGACCUGGUCGACAACACCAUCGCCAGCCACCUGCUCUCCAUCUACUUCGCCUGGGAGAACCCCACCUGGCACCUGAUCGACCAGGAGAUGUUCGUCCGCGACCUCGAGAGCGGCCGCACGCGCUUCUGCUCCGCCCUCCUGGUCCACAUCCUGCUGUUCUUCGGCUGUGUAAUCGCUCGCCACUGCAGUCUGAUCUCGUCUUACCACCUGGGGCGCGUCACAGAUCGGCGCGAAGAGAAGAUCCUCGGCAAGAAGCUGUACGACUCCCUGCAGUGCCUGUGGCAUGCGGACCAGUACGACCCAGGCCUGCCCGCCGCCCAGUCCAGCAUCAUGAUCGGCUUGCUCUGCUGCACCUUCGGCCUCGACCGUCUCGGCACCAAAUACAUCAUGAUGGGCGCUGAGCUGACCCGCCGGCUAGGUCUGCAUUGCGCCUCCGCGCCAUACUUCACAUCUGACGUCGAGGACGAGGUGCUUCCGCUCUCCCGAUGCCACAAACUCGUGGCCACCGGCGUCUUCGACGUGCAGGCACUCGCCGCGCAAGUAUACCGCAAACCGGCCUCGUGGCUCCAUCCCCCGGCGGCCAGCUUCUCCCAGGAAGAGGCCGCGGCGCUGGACGACGGCCUGGAGUGGGCGCCGUACCCGUUCGCCACGCCCGUCUUCCGCCCCUUCUUCUACACGGUCACCUGGGCGCGCAACGGACUGGUCGAGAUCGUGAACGAGCUGGCCGCCUUCGCUCUGAAAUUCCCAGACGCGGUCAUGAAUACAGACGACUGGGUUUAUGGCUGUCAGUUGUACCAGCGUCUGCGACAAUGGCGCGCCAGCUUACCCUCCAUUAUUUUGCCCGAGGGGAACCGCUCCCCCAGCAUUCUUACCCUGCAAAUGUACUACCAAGCCACGAUCGUCUCCCUCGCGGAAACCUUCAACCUGAACAGUCCCCCCACACUGACGCCCCCUCCCCCCGCCGAUCCCACCUUCGACCCGCCGGCCCUCAAACUCCAAUCCCUCGAACACAUCGGCUCCCUCAUCCUGCUCUUCCAAACGGUGCACGGCCUGAAAACCGUCCCCAUCGUCAUGCUGCACUACUUCUGCGUCGGCGGCGUGCACUCCGUCUCGCAGCUCAGCGCCUCGGACCCAAAAUGGAGUCUGAUCCUGGAGAGCUGCGUCGUCGGGCUCUGGCACUUGAGUCUGGGGUGGGGACGUCUGUGUACCGCCUUCUUGAGGACGAUCGAGCUCGUCAUGCUGGCGAGUAAGCCCGAUCCGACGCUUAUUUCGCCCCGCGUGACGGCGGUGCUCGAGCAGUUGAAGAGUAAGAGGUGGAGUGAGAAGGAUGUCGAGAGUUUGGCGGCCGAUUAUGUCGUGUAUCAUGUGCCGGUGGGGGUUUUGGGGGGAGAGGGAGAGGGAGGGGAGUUUCGUGCGCAGGGCCUGGAGAGUCUGAUUAAGUCGUUGAGGGGGUUUUCGGUGGAUUGA